AUGAACCGCAGCGGCCAGCAGCAGCGGGAUGCAAGAAACACGUCUGAAUCGACGCGACAGGGUGGGCCCUCUACAGGUAGUACACCUCUGACAUCGCCUCUGGAGCAAGAUGCCCCGCGCCUUCUUCCGCGUUCACAAUCCCAGGCAAGCAAGAGCCGCACAUCCGUCAAGGCCACGUUCAGCAACCUCGUGGAGCAGGCACGUGUCUCGCCCCGCAGGUCAGAUCAAGGCUCUACAAUAGGUAGCCAGCAUGCUUCGACGACCCUUUCCCGACACUCCGGGCGUAGCUAUCGCAGUGCUGUCGUAGAGUCUCAGUUCGAGGCGCUGGAUGAAAAGACGACCAGAGGCCAAAUUGAGGCGCGGAACGAGCACAGGCUGUUUAAGAUGACGGGCCAGAUACCACCUACGCCUACCAUGGGAAUCCCCAGCGACGACGGUGUCUAUAUUAGGACAGAGGACUUGCGAGCUCAAUGCCGUGCUACCAGUGGAGAGAAAGACCGAGCUAGUGACGAACCGGCCAAGAGCCCCAAGAAGAAGAUGUUCGGCAACAUACAAAUGUUCAACCCGUUUAGCAGGACGGUAAACAACACUCUUACACCUGCAAUGCCGUCCAAGGCAGCACAAGUUCUUGGGACAGCAGCACGAAAACCCCAUUUCAUUGAGGCACGUCCGAUCAAACCAUCGCGUCCCUUCAAGACGCCUACAAAGGCUCCGCGCUCCGACACAUCCAAAUCGCUACCCGGGAAAAUCAUGGACCCGCACAACUAUGCGCGGCGUCAUCAUACCGCUUCAUCGCGUCGGAUUCGUACUGCUGAACGCAGGUCACCCGGCGCGGGGAGUAAGCAAUCUUCCGACGCUGAGAACACACCGCCUGUGCCUGUAGCCUUCAUGCCUUUUGAGUCUGCAUCUCCACCGACACCCCCAGCGAAAGAUACGCCCCCCAACAUUCAGCCUGCAGCGCUACCGCCGAGUCCGCUUCGUCGAGCUCCACCGUCCGAAGAUCUACGUGAGAACUACGAGGCGUACGUGGACCAUGGCAUGAAGCUCCAGUUUCCCGAAUUUGCUCUUUCGCCUUCACCUUCAAUUAACGCUAUUCCUGACAAUGGCGGAAUGAGCCCUACAAAGUUCCGCCCAUACACUGCCGAAGACUACACCAAGCUGAUUGGAGGUGAGCCUUUACAAUGGCCCUAUCCUGAGGUAGAUGACUCGAGUGGUCAGCAGGAUAGCAAACGUGGUACUCUACCAGCCACUGGCAGUUUGGAGGCGCCGCAGCUUCCUCGAGGGAGCGCCGAACAACGACAUAGCCACCAGCACCCUCGUCGCUGGAGUCCGCUUCCACCUCGAUUUUACUCGCCUUCAAAUCGCUCAGUCCGUUUAUUUGCAGAAGGCGAAACUCCAUCUAAGAAUUCUGACGUUGACCGCCUUCUCUUUGCAGUACCCUCAAGGGCGAACCUACUCCACUUACGCGAGGACUCCAACAACGGUUCGAUUGAAAUGAUUUUUCAAGGUGACGCCAACGACAUCGACCCGCAUUCUUCGACCGAUAAGCUUUCGAGCAACCCUAACCAGAGUAAUCUCUCGCCUCAGGUGCGCGACACUACCAACCUCACAACUCGAGUUAUGCAGGAGCUACGCAUUGGCGACCGUCGUGAGCCCAGCCCGCAUACAAACGGUACCUCGGGUCAUCUCCAGCCUGAUCAGUCUUCUUCCAGGCUCACCGACAUGCUGGACAGUGUCAGCCCUCGCAGGUCCAAGUUCAACGGUGACUUCCAGCCCAACUGUCCCAGCGCUGUCCCAAGCCCGCUGAACAAAAUGCCCGCCGCUACCCCCCAAUCACAGUCGCAAUCGGGCCUCGUCGGCCCUCCCGCCUACGGGCCUUGGGGACCGCCUCACACCCCAAAGAGCAUUGACGAUCAUUUCUUCAUGACGAACGAGCACCUCGAUGUUGUUGGCAAGACAACGUGGGAUCUGCUUGAGAUGUUCAAGCAGCAGCAGUUGGCAGCGCUCAAUACCAAACACGAGCAACUUGUGGGACUAGUUGAUAGGCACAUCGACGAGGUCAAGCAGCAGAUCACCACAAUACACAACCAGGCUGAUCAGGCUUCGAUCCAGAAUAUCAACAUUCAGACCAAGCUUGAGAAGCUCGCCGAUUUCAUUAAGCAGGACGUCGUCAACGCCCUGGUAGACCAGAACAAGAAGACAACAGAUAUGGAGACGCAGGUCAAGGAGCUACAGAAAAUGGUGCUGGCAUUACAGAAGUUGAUGGAGCAGAAGGUGUCCGAGCCCAAGAGUGCAGAUCAGUUGCCUCUUCCUGCUCAUCGAUCUCAGCCCUCGGUUGCUGGCUACUAUGGCACUACGACGGAUUCAGGUCGCGAUGGUCAGCCGCCGGUGCCACAGAUGCCACAGAUGCCACAGAUGCCACAGAUGCCACAGAUGCCACAGAUGCACGACAGUCGCAGCGUGGUGACUCCUCAAGAGGGUGCUAAUGACGCCCGUGCGGGCUAUGUCAACGGCUACGGACAGCAGUGGGGUGCUCGUAAUGGCUACUCUGGUCGCAAUAGCAAAGAGGAUCGCUCUCCAUACUCUGGAACGAACCCUUACCACUAUACCAACGGCGGCGGCGGACAGUACAACAACGGAUACGCCGGCGGUUACUCGUCUUACAACUUCUCUCCUAGCUCAUCUGAUCAACACCACGCCUACACCCAGGGUCCUACAAAGUAGGUGGCCCCUGUACGGGCGUUGCAUGCGAUCUCGGGCUGAGGAUGCCUUGCGCGGCAGGAUGCAGUGCAUAGAACAUGACGAUUAUGAUUUCGGGGAGUUGGACGUUAGGCAUGGAGAGUUUCUUCUGUUACUGCAACGGAGCUGCCGAGGAUGGGCUGCGGCUAUAGGGAGCAGAUGCAAUCAAUGAUUGAAAAUAAGACUCUUUUGCAAUUGCGGUUCCGUAGCACCAUUCUGAUAUGUGAC